CACAGACAACACCGUGUCACACGACGCUGUGCCACUCCGCUCUUCGCUCGCCAUUUUAUCAUCGGCAUUAUUAUCUAUCUUAUCGCAGGAUCUCAAGAAAAUCUUCACACCAUUUCAGUUGGGUAAUGAUGUGCUAGUAGAAAGUCAAGGACAAUGGCAGGUCUUGAGCUGAAAUUCCCGAACCAGACGGAGAACCAGACGAAAGACAACGAGUGGCUGAGGCUGAUUCUACACGAGGACAUACAAGAGCGCUACUUCGACUCGGCCACCGAGACCACACUGGUCACAUGUUUCUCCCUCCUCAUCACGUUUGGUGCUGUUGGCAACGGACUGGUCAUGUUUGUGGUGAUGAGAAACCCCAGCAUGAGGACACCACGAAAUAUUUUCAUCAUAAACCUGGCCAUCUCAGACUUCACCCUGUGUCUGUUCACCCAGCCCCUCAACAUGUACCUGCUGCUGUACAAACAGUGGGGGCUCGGGGAGUUCAUGUGUAAGUUCGUUACCAUGGCCCAGGGUACCAACCUCUUCGUCUCCACCAUCAGCAUCACGGCCAUAGCUCUGGAUCGGUUCCAGGUUAUUGUCUACCCGACCAAAGACAGCAUGAAAAAAAUCGGCGCUGCCAUCGCCCUCAUCUCCAUCUGGCUCAUCUCCUUCCUCAUAGCUAGCCCCGCCCUUCUCUUCUCCGUCGUCCACCGUCGUCAGGCUCUGGCGGAAGUGCCAAACGUCUACGUGUACGUGUGUCUGGAGGACGUGACCUUGGAGAUCGAGAAACGCGCCUACAGUGUGGCUCAGAUGGUCGUGCAGUACGUGCUCCCCUUCUUCAUCCUCAGUGUGGCCCACCUGCGCAUCUGCAACAAGCUGCGCUACCGCAUGGUCACACAGAACCUCACCACCUCGGCGACCACAUCUUUCCAGAAAAAGAAAAACGAAAGAAGAAGCAGACGUAAGCGUAAAACCAAUCUUCUGCUGGCUGGGAUAGCUCUGGUGUUUGCGCUGAGCUGGCUGCCGCUCAACAUCUUUAACUUGAUGACCGACUUUAGGGGCGAGUUCUUCACUGGUCGAGUCGACAUGAAGUUGGCGUAUGCGAUCUGCCACAUGCUGGUGCUGUGUUCGGGGUGUCUGAACCCAGUCUUGUACGGUUGGCUGAAUGAUAACUUCAGGACUGAGUUCAUGAAAGUCUUGUGUUGCCCCUGCUGCAAGAUUGCCGAGGCUAGAUGCAAGAGAGUCGUAUGUUGUUCAAAGCAAGCUACGAGUGUCCCGGCAAUUACACUAACCAAAGUUAGCAACGGCCAGUCUUUAGCGUUGGAUGAAGGGAUGAAUGGAAAACCAGACUCGUUUACACUCCAGUUUCAUACUCGCGUGCCAUGAGAUCACAUGACCGGAUGUAACACAAUCUUCAGAUGUGAAGAGUCAUCGACUGAUAUUUUCUUUUCAGUCCAAAGUUGUCGGUCUUGAGAUCUUCUAAAUUUCAAGAUAGGCCUAAUAUUUGGACGGCCAAACCCGGUACGACCAACAGUUUUAGACCAGAUGUCAUUGGUGUUCUUGUUGCACCAACCUUUUUUCCUUCUGGUUGGUCUAGGUUGCUGAUGAGUCGAGUCCGUUAUGGUUUUUUUUUUUUUGUGUUAACUAUACAAGUUAAACUAAAUGAAUGGGGUUGUCAUACCAGUUUACGCAAUAAUUUAUUAAUGUACGCAACAUCAAGAAAUAGAAGUACACUUGCUUCGAAUCUAAACAUGUUUUUUAACAAUAUAAAAUCAACAUUUCAUAGUGAUAUUAAGAAAAGAAAACAAGAUGGCAGAAUUAAUUUAGAAAGCACUUAUUUAAUAUUAUUAACGUUGACAACCAAUACCAUUUUAUUGUACAUGUAACAUUUUUUUAUGUUUAUCAUCCAACAAUUUAAAAACAUAAAGAAUGAGCACAGAGCAGACUGAAAUAUUUUCCAACCACUCUUGAAAAUAUAAAGAAAAAUAUAAAAUAAUAUUAUAAUAAUAAAAUAAUAUAAAAUAUACAGAAAAUAUAAAAUUUAUCACAGCGUGAAUUAUUUCCCCAUAACUAUGUAACAACUUUUUUUUCAUUUUUUUUGUUAUUGUGUUUUUUCUUUCUUUGAUUGUUUUAAAAAUAACUUUAUUUAAAUAUUCAACUAUUUCAACUGUAUGGUAAAUACAUACAGUACCUUUACAAUUUUUACUUACUUUACAUUAGAAAUCUUACUUUUACCUUUUUAAAAUCUUAGUUAACAAUACCUUUAAAAUUCUUACUUUACCUUUCCAAAGGUUUCACUUGUGUUGUGGUCCAAUGACCACAGUGUAUAUACACUUUGUAUUUGCUAUGGUAACUUGUGGUCCUCUAAGACAAUGCAUGACAUGUCAUUUGUAGGCUAUUACCAGCACAUGACAUGUCAUUUGUAGGCUAUUACCAGCACAUGACAUGUCAUUUGGAGACUAAUACCAGCACAUGACAUGUCAUUUGUAAGUACACCCAGAAUAUGACAUGUCAUUAGUAGGCUAAUACCAGCACAUGACAUGUCAUUUGUAGGCUAAUACCAGCACAUGACAUGUCAUUUGUAGGCUAAUACCAGCACAUGACAUGUCAUUUGUUGGUAUAUUAAGAACAUGACAUGUCAUUUGUAGGCUAAUACCAGCACAUGACAUGUUAUUUGUAGGCUAUUACCAGCAUAUGACAUGUCAUUUGUAGGCUAAUACCAGCACAUGACAUAAGUAUUGCACUUGACAUAUUCUAUUCUAAUUUCUUUACAUUGAAAUUACAUUUUGUAUGACGGUUACAAUGCUAUACUGGAGACAGUUAGUUCCAAAACUUAGUUGAAUUAAAUUAUUUCAAUAUU